AUGAGUCUUAUUCUGUGGACGUUAUGGAGCAUAGUCGCUCUGGCGACCUUGGUAGUGUAUAGCCGCACGCGGAAUCCAAAUCAACUUAAACUUCCGCCGGGUCCGAAGCCCCUCCCUGUGCUAGGAAACAUUCGAGAUUUCCCUCCUGAAGGCACGCCCGAGCAUCUACACUGGCUCAAGCACAAGGAUUUGUAUGGGGCAAUCAGCUCUGUAACGGUCAUGGGCAUGACGCUCGUGAUCGUUCACGACAAGAAGAUGGCGCAUGACUUGCUAGACCAAAAUGCAAGUAAGACAUCAGGCCGACCUUCCAUGGUCAUGGCCAACAAGCUGUGCGGCUACGAAUCCAUCGUUCUUUGUCAAGGUUAUACCCCCAUGUUUCGCCGCUAUCGCAAGUUUCUUCAUCAGGAACUCGGUACAAAGGUCUCUGCGUCGCAGUUCCGUAACGUCCAGGAAAGCGAAGUAGGGCGACAGCUCGUGCGGUCCCUGGGGGAGCCUGAAAAGCUACUGGAACACUACAAGACUACUGCUGCUGCCACCGUGCUUAAGAUGGCUUACGGCUACGCCAUCGAACCUCAUGAAUCCGACGUUUUGGUGGAGCUCAUUGAGAAGAUGAUGACUGAAUUUUCUCUCGCCGCGAGUCCGAUGGCAUGGCUUGUGGACAUCAUCCCAGCCCUCCAGUACCUCCCUGAAAGUUUCCCGGGUGCCUCUUUCAAAAAGACUGCUCGGAGAUGGCGCAAAUCCAUCCAAGCAUCGGCCUAUAUUCCUUACGAAUUUGUUCAACAUCAGCUGGCCUCACUUACCAAUCGACCGUCGUACGUGUCGAAACUCUCCCACCAGCUGGCAGAGGACGAAAAAGGCGAGUUGAGCAAAGAGGAUGAAAACGCCGUCAUCUGGUCCGCAGCGAGCCUUUACGGUGCGGCCGCGGAUACCACCGUCAUCACUCUGACCACUUUUGCGCUGGCUAUGCUCAAGUUUCCCGACGUCCAGCGCAAAGCCCAGGCGGAGAUUGAUCGUGUCAUUGGAUCUGAUCGCCUCCCCACCUUUGAAGACCGCGAAAAGCUGCCGUAUGUGGACGCCUUGGUCAAAGAGACGUCCAGAUGGUGGCCGAUUGUGCCCAUGGGCUUCCCUCAUACCACCACGGAAGAGUUUGAGUACGAGGGAUAUCGGAUUCCCAAGGGCGCCUUCGUCCUCCCGUCCGUUUAUUGGUUCCUCCACGACCCAGAUGUGUACGCCGAUCCUGAAUUGUUCAACCCCGACCGCUUCCUCCCUCCACGCAAUGAACCUGACCCUACAACGGAAGCCUUUGGAUACGGCCGUCGGAUCUGCCCGGGCCGGUUCUUUGCCGACUCUAGCCUCUUUCUUAACGUGGCGCAGACAUUGGCGGCUUUCACGAUCGGUAGGGCCUUGGAUACGAAUGGCAAGGAAGUGGAACUAGAUGUGAAGCCGAAGCCGGGCGUUCUGACGUACCCCACUACAUUUCCGUUGAGAGUCACACCGCGGAGCGAGCAGCAUGUAGAGUUGAUUAGGCAAGUUGAGAGGAAGUAUCCAUUCGAGUCUAGCGAUGCCGCCCUUUUGCAAAAUCCAGACGAUUUCGAGGUUAGGAACUAA